AUAGUCAAUGUGAUUGUUGUUUUAACCUCUCAUUAGAUUAAUGCCUGUGGUUGGUUUUGAUCAUUCUCAUUUGCAGAUCAUCCAAUUAUGCUGUCAUUGUCAGUCCCAGUAACUCAGACUGUUUAAGUAAAUGUCAUAAUGCCUGCAGAUUAGAGUACUAAUAGCACAGUUAUAUCAUUGGUGAUAUUGAUACUUAUAAAAAAAAGACAACUGUUUAAAUAAUGCUAAUAAUGCCUCCUCACAUCUUUAUUUAGUCCCAAUCUAUUCCCCUCAGGCAUACUGACUUACUAACCGGAUCUCUUCUAAGACACUGCACUGGAGAGAGAGAGAGAGCAGAGGGGAGAGAGGGAGAGGGAGAGGGAGGGAGAGGGAGGGAGGGAGAGACAGAGAGAGAGUGAUCGAGCAAGCGCAGGAGGGAGAGAGAAAAAGAGAGAGCACAGGAGAGCAAGAAAAAGAAGCUAGAGCCGAGAGAAAGAGAGAGUCGCAGGAGGAAGAGGGAGAAUGCACGGUGUCUGGGUAACACUUCCACGCUUGUAUCCAGGGCCUUUGUGAAUACACCAUGGGAUGCAUCGGCUCCAGGAGACUGACGGGAGAUGGCGUCCCAGUCCAGAAGGAUGGGGAGCAGCAUGGACGUUCAGAAUUUUCAUGGGAAGGAAUCAAUCUGUCUAUGGAAGACACCACGUCAAUCCUGCCUCGGCUCAAGAGGAACUCAAACGCCUAUGGCAUCGGCGCUUUGGCUAAGUCUUCUCUGUCAGGUGUGUCAGGUGUUAGUCGCACAAUGAAGGAGAGAGUCACCAAGCCUACAGCCAUGGCCCAGGGUCGCGUCGCUCACAUGAUUGAAUGGCAAAACUGGGGCAUGCAGACGGUGGGCGCAGGGGGCAACCCCCAGGCCCGCAUCAGCACCCAGGAGCGGGAGAAGGAGCGGCGGUUGGAGAACGACGCCUACAGUGACCUCAGCGACGGAGAGAAGGAGGCUCGUUUCACUGCAGGUAUCCUGCAGCAGUUUGCGAUCUCGGAGGCCACACUCCUAGCCUGGUCGUCGAUGGAUGGAGAGAGCCCGCGGUCGGGGUCGAACCAGGGCAGUGUGGCUCAUCUUAGUGAGGUCAACCAGGAGAGCAUAACCAGUCGAGAUCAGAUACUGCACCACUCCUCAGCAGAGGUGUGGCCUCACACAUACGUCUCCCAGGGCCACUACUGCCUCUCCUCCUCUGAUGCCUGGGAGCCAAUCAACAACGAUCCCUCCAACGUGGCGUCUCCCCCUGCCGGCACCUACGUCAUGGGGACCGAAGGGUACGACGGGCAGGCAGCGGCUCACUUCCUGUCGCAGCAACAGCAACAGCAGUUCGCUCUCCAGCAGCAGAGUCAACUACAACAGCUGCAGCAGAUCCAACAGAUCCAGCACUACCAGCAACAGCAGCUCCUGCAGUAUCAGCAACAACAGUCGCUGGAGCACAGGCUGCACAGUGCCAACCACUCUUUGCAGGCCACGCCCAACAGCACCAUCCACAGUCUGGUCCAUCCCGCUCACCCACCAUUGGUCGAUCUGUGGAACACGGGGCAGAUGGAGGCCUAUCAGACGGACGCUGGAGGCUACAUGGGUGUGGCAGCGGUGGUGGAACCGAGCCUCUGUGUUCCCACUGGAGAGGAGAUGGUGGGAACAGAACACUCCCCGCUACUGGAGCAGCAGGAGGAGGAGGAGGAGGUCAAGGAGGAAGAUGUGGCACUGUGCAUGGAGCCAGAGUUGGCCUCGUUGACUCCGCCCACGCAACAAGGGGAUGCCUCUGGUGGCAGUAGUCCGGGGCAACCGCCGGCAGAGCCAAUCACAGAGCGGAAGUCCUCCGAUGUCACCUCCAGCCUCGUUCAGACGCUAGAGGGGAAAGAAGAGGAGGAGGGGCAGGGGCCAGCUGCUUCCAUGGCAACCAACUGAGUACCUGGCUGUCAAGAGACUCCCUAUUACAAACUGACCGGGAAGUCAGCGAGGAAUGAGCGUAAUAAUACAGUAUAUAUCUAUUAAUCUGUUCCUUUUCAGGUAUCAAAAAACUUUUUGGUUGCGAGCAAAUUCAAAAAUGGUGAGAAACAGAUCUGGAGGUGGACUCACAACGAGACAGGAGCUGAUGCAACAAAGGACACCUAUUUCUUUGUAAGCCUUACAUCCCAAAGGUAAUUGAAGAGAGGAGUGAGGACGGAGACACUGAAGAGGAGGAGGAGGAGGAUGAGGAGGAGGAGGAGCACCAACUGGCCGAGACAUUUCCAUCAGGAAAAUGAAACCACGCAAAGAGGAAGAGGAAGGGGAAAAUAAACAUGCAUGCUUUUUAUGGAGACAAGCAACUCGACCAUGUCAUCGUCUCAUAAUAAUAAUGAAUCAUAAUAAAAACAUUAUAAUAAGAGUAAUUUUGUAAUAAAGUAAAAAAAAAAAAAGAACAAAUCUAUGUAUAAGUGUAUGAUAUACGUUUUCCUUUGGGAGAACUACUCUGUUUACAGCUGUUACUCGACAUAUUAGAUAGUGUUUAAUCAAAUUAAUUUUCCUGUUGCAUCGAACACAUACACUUUAAAAAUGGCAACUCAAAAAAUAUGUCAUGUGUAAUUACAGAAGUCGGAGAAAAAUGUCAGCAUUUCAGUGAAAUGCAGAUUGACCCUCUAAAAUAAUCUAUGACGUUGUGGCACCAGGAUGCCCGAGGCACAACCCAGGGACAGGCGUGUCCUGCUGACUGCACACACUAAACUGCACAGAUAAGGAUUGUACUGUAAGAUAGUGUGCUUCCUACUCUGUCUCUCUGUAUGCAUGUUUCUUCAGAGCACUAUGGAGUACCUGUACUAUACAGCACUGUAUAGACUUUGCACUGAACCAUAGUAUCCCAGGUGGGGCCACAGUGGGCCCGGGCAAUGAGUUUCAUGGCGGAGAAAUAAAGACAGAGCUGCA